AUGCCAUUCGGGUUAAAGAAUGCUGGAGCCACAUAUCAAAGGGCAAUGGUGACGCUUUUCCAUGAUAUGAUGCAUAAAGAGAUUGAAGUGUAUGUGGAUGAUAUGAUUGCCAAGUCUAAGAAUGGAGAAGAUCAUGUUCAGGUUCUAAGAAAAUUAUUUGAUAGACUAAGGAAGUAUCAGUUGAAGCUGAAUCCUGCAAAAUGCUCAUUUGGGGUAAAGUUUGGAAAGUUGCUGGGAUUUGUGAUAAGCAAUAAAGGAAUAGAGGUCGAUCCUGAUAAAGUGAAAGCAAUUCAGGCUAUGACAAUUCCUAAAACUGAGAAAGAAAAUCCCGGUACAUGGGACAAAGACUGUCAAGAGGCUUUUGACAAAAUAAAGCAAUACUUACAGAAUCCACCUUUGUUAGUGCCACAUGUGCCUGGAAGACCUUUGAUCUUGUAUUUGACAGUAGCCGAGGUAGCAAUGGGCUGUGUGUUAGGACAACAUGAUGAGUCUGGAAGAAAGGAGCAAGCUAUCUAUUAUCUGAGUAAGAAGUUUACCGAUUGUGAAUCCAGAUAUACUAUGACUGAGAAGCUAUGUUGUGCCCUUGUGUGGAGUACGAAGCGUCUUCGACAAUAUAUGUUGUAUUAUACCACCUGGUUGAUCUCAAAAAUGGAUCCGCUUAAGUACAUCUUUGAGAAACCUUACUUAUCAAGCCGAAUAGCAAGGUGGCAAGUAAUGUUGGCAGAGUAUGACAUUGUAUACAAGACAAGAACAUCUGUAAAGGGAAGUGUAAUUGCUGAUCAUUUAGCAGAUAAUGCUAUCAAAGAUUAUGAGCCUUUGAAAUUUGACUUCCCGGAUGAGGAUGUGUUGAUAGUCGAAGAAGACAAAGAGAAGAAUGAUUGGUGGAUCAUGUAUUUUGAUGGGGCAGUGAAUGUAUCUGGCAAUGGAGCAGGGGCUGUGAUAAUCUCACCUGAUAAGAAGAAAUAUCCCAUCUCAAUCAAGCUACAAUUUGAAUGUACUAACAAUACUGCUGAAUAUGAGGCUUGUAUCCUUGGCUUAGAAGCUGCUUUAGAGAUGAAGAUAAAAAAGCUUGAUGUCUAUGGGGAUUCAAUGUUAAUAAUCUGUCAAGUGAAAGGCGAAUGGCAAACCAAAGAAGAAAAAUUGAUACCCUAUCAACAAUAUCUCUCAAAACUGACUGAGGGCUUUGAUGAGAUAGAUUUUACCCAUAUGGGAAGAGACAAAAACCAGUUUGCUGAUGCUUUGACAACCUUAGCUUCUAUGGCCAAAACUGAUUACGGCAUCAGGGUACAACCAAUCUGCAUUGAGAUUAGAAAUUUUCCAGCUCAUUGUUGUGCAAUUGAAGGAGAAGUAGAUGGGAACCCAUGGUUUUAUGACAUCAAGCGGUUUAUCCAAUAUCAAGAGUAUCCCUUGGGGGCAUCUAAAGCAGAUAUGAAGACCUUGAGACGGUUAGCCAUGGAAUUUUACCUGGAUGGAGAAAUUCUAUAUAAAAGAUCAUUCAAUGGGACUUUACUAAGAUGUCUAGAUGAAAUCGAAGCUAAGGUAGCAUUGCAACAAAUUCAUGAAGGAAUUUGUGCAACUCAUGCAAGUGGGCAUAUGAUGGCCAGACAACUGCAACGAUCUGGAUACUUCUGGAUGACCAUGGAGAAAGAUUGCAUUGAUUAUGUCAGAAAAUGUCAUAAAUGUCAGGUGUAUAGUGAUAAGAUAAAUGCACCUCCAGCUCCUCUGUUCAAUAUGACAUCACCAUGGCCAUUUGCAAUGUGGGGAAUAGAUGUGAUUGGCCCAAUCAACCCAAAGGCCAGCAAUAGGCAUCAAUUUAUCUUAGUAGCCAUUGAUUAUUUCACAAAGUGGGUGGAGGCCAGCUCUUAUGUUCAUGUAACUCAAAAGGUGGUCAAGUGUUUCAUUGAGAAAGAUUUGAUUUGUCGGUACGGUUCACCUGAGAAGAUAGUGACCGACAACGCCCAAAAUUUUAAUGGGAAAAUAAUCACAGAAUUGUGUGUGAAGUGGAAAAUUAAACACUCAAAAUCGUCUCCUUACAGACCGAAGAUGAAUGAUGCUGUCGAAGCUGCAAACAAGAAUAUCAAGAACAUUAUCCAGAAGAUGGUAGUCACUUAUAAGGAUUGGCAUGAGAUGCUUCCCUUUGCUCUACAUGUGUAUCGCACAGCAGUAAGGACAUCUAUUGGAGCUACACCUUACUCAUUAGUAUUUGGGAUGGUGGCGGUGAUGCCUUUGGAAGUAGAAAUUCCAUCUUUGAGAGUACUAAUGGAAUCUGAACUAGAAGAAGCUGAAUGGGCUAAAGUGAGAUACGAGCAGCUAAACAUGAUAAGUGAGAAGAGGUUGGCUGCAAUUUGUCAUCACCAGUUAUACCAAAGAAGGAUGGCCAAAGCAUAUGACCGGAAAGUCCGACCAAGGGAAUUCAAAGAAGGGGAUCUUGUACUAAGAAAAAUCUUACCAUUACCAAGUGAGGAUAGAAGCAAGUGGGCACCAAACUAUGAAGGCCCAUAUGUAGUGAAGAAAGCAUUCUCUGGAGAUGAUGUAUCUAGGCCUGUGAACUUUGAUUCUGUGAAAAAGUACUAUGUAUGA